AUGAAACAAAUACAAGUAAUAUUAUUUUUUGUAUUCAUAAUAUAUAGUGUUUCAAUCUAUGCACAGUCAUCAACUGGUAUUAUGCCAUGGAUGGGUUUGGAAAGAACUAAUGAAGAUAUAGCAUCAGAUUUACAACAAAUUUUGUCAUUAGGAAAAAUGAUUGAUACAGUAUCAUUUGAGAGAUUUAAUUUAGGCCCAAAUUCAACAUUGAUUAUUAAUAACCUUACUGAUGUUCAAUAUCCCCUUCAAAGUUCAGGAUUAAAAACAUUACCAAUGGUAUCUACAUGUUGUCCAUGGGGUCGUCCAGAGGUUAUUCAAUAUGCACGUCAAUUAAUUAAUAAUCCACAACCAUUUAUUGAUGCAGCAGUUCAACAAGCUUUAUUGGAAGGUUUUGAUGGAUGGAAUAUCGAUAUUGAACCAGUUGGUGGAACACCAGAGGAUGCUGUAGGUUAUGCAAACUUUAUUAAUCAAUUUGCCAACGAAUUACACAAAAACGGAAAAACAUUGACAGUUUGUGCAGCAACUUAUGACCCAUUUUGGAAUCUUACUUUAUUAGGUCAAACCAAUGUAGAUAAAAUUUUUACAAUGUCAACUUAUGCAGGUUCAUAUUCUGGAUUUUCAAAUGCAUUGCAAUUUGCAGUAAACUCGAUUCCAUUAUCAAAAUUAGCUGUUGGUGUUAUGACUGUCGAUGCCAAUAACAAUCCUUUUACAGAUCCAGAGUUACAACAACGUUUCGAAUUAUUAAAAACCUAUAAUAUUCAAUAUUUGGGUAUUUGGGAUGCACCUAUUCCAUCUAGCUGGAUACCCUAUCUUAAACAAUUUUUAUCAAAUCAACAAAACUAUAUUUAA